GCUUACAAAUCUAUGGAAGCAAUCAACCAGUUGAGCUGUGGUUGGGUUCGUGACUUACAGAGCAUGACUGUAAAUAACAAUGUUUUGGUGACUGCAAAGGUUCGACACUCCCAGCAGAUGAACGCAACACCACUUCAUCCCUGGGUCAUCGCCAAUAAAGACGGUAUGGUAGAGGCAGCACAUUGCGACUGCAAAGCUGGUCUCGGGGAGACUUGUAGCCAUGUCGGAGCCUUGCUUUUCCACAUAGAGUUCAUACAUCGCCUCAUGUCCCGCAGAACUGUGACACAGGAAAAGGCUUACUGGUCCAUGCCUUCAGCAGUCGACAAGGUGCCCUAUGCUGAAAUUCGGGGUAUAGAUUUCACUUCUGUGUCAACCAAGAAAAGGCGUCUUGACAGUGUUAUUAAUGGUGAGGACGUUCAACAAGAGCGACAACCUUUGAAAUAGCAAUAUGUACCUGAACCGACCGCACUAGAAAGGUGGGAGUUGUUGCGAGAUUUGCAUGCCGCAAACGCACGUUCCUCAGUUCUGUCUUGUCUGGAUUCCAGGAUGAAUUUAUUCCGCACAUUCUUCAAGAUGGAAAUCUUCCUCAGCCCCUUGUGGAUCUACGGGAUGACAAGUAUUUAGAUAUGUCCCCGGAAGCUCUUAGAGCGCACUGUAUUGAGCUCAGUAGAACUUUAACAGUGACGGAAGAGCAGGCAACAAAUGUCGAAAGGCUCACUCAAGACCAGAGCAAAUGUAAGGAGUGGUUUGGCUUUCGGUUAGGAAGAAUAACCGCUCCCAUCAUGAAAUCUGUGUGUACAACAAGCAGCGAGAAUCCUGCCUUAUCAACUGUCUUGGCUGUAUGCAGUACCAAGCACUUCAGAUCAAAAGCCACUGACUAUGGGUUUAAACAGGAAAACAUUGCUCUGAAGGAAUAUGAAAAACGAAUGAGGGCAGAACACGAGAACUUUACCAUAACAAGAUGUGGACUGUGUAUCAACUCAGAGUACCCUUACAUUGGUGCAAGCCCGGAUGGUUUCGUGAAAUGUGAUUGCUGUGGUGAAGGUCUGGUUGAAAUAAAGUGCCCUUUUACUGCAAAGGACCAUGGCCUUGAUAAUAUUCCAUAUCUAUGUGAUGGCAAGCUUAAGGACAAUCACAAGUACGCGUACCAAGUACAGACACAGCUCCUUGUUACCGGAAAGGAUUAUUGCGAUUUUGUUGUAUGGUCUCCAUCGGAUAUAUUUGUUCAAAGGAUUGAACCCGAUUCUCAACUUUGUGAUGAAAUUGUAGAAAAAUCUCAGGCUUUCUUCACUCAUGCUGUUUUACCUGAACUGACAGGAAGUCUGAUUUCCAGAGAAAGGUUGCACAAGCAAACUCCGCGGACAGGAACAUUGUUUAGUG